UCUUCAAACUUGACCAUUCUUUUCUUGACAGGAGACAUUUCAUCACAAAGAGAUUCAGAGUCAGUAUCCAUCACAGCUGCUUUGUUUUUGCCUUUUUUCUACUCUGUAACUGAAGGUAGCCGUCGCUGUACCAUUGCUGUUCCUCAGCUUGUGCUGUCAAGAAGGAUCGAAGUCAUGAGCCAUUGUACGCCCAAGCCAAAGUGUCCAGGUUGCCAUCAGGAAGUUGCCACGAGCUCGAAGGCACAGUGUGUUCCCUGCAAAUUGUGUUCCAAAGUCAAACGUCGUGUGUUUCGCUUCUGCUGGGAUUGUCAGCGAGAGUGGCCACAGAGCGCUUCAUCUAGCAGCAGCUGCACACUGCAGAACUGUGCUCUCCGGGCUGCUCUGCUCUCCAGCAAGCGAAUCAAGGAUCACAACAGUUCAGCAUUCGGAUGUCCCUAUUUCAGGGCCUGUCCUAGAUGCAACGCUCUGCUCACACACAAUGGACAAGGCUGUCCCAACAUUGAAUGCCCCAAGUGCGGAACAGAAUUCUGCUUUCGUUGUCUUCAGCUAAGUGACUUUUGCCCAGGCACGCUAGAUUCUAAUGAUUCAUCGGAUGAAGAGGAGUUUGUUGAAGGUGAACAAAGUUGUACUAUAGUGGAUAAUAACCAGAGUCUGGUAUCAAUUCCUUAAAGGGAUCAGCCUGUAAGAGGUCAAAUCGAAAUCAGUCUCCUGGAGCAAAGCUGAAAAAAAAGUAUUUUACACGUUUUUUAAUGAAAAGAUACUAAAAAAAUGUUCAAUUGAAUCAUUUAUUGACGUGUAAUUAUACAUGAGUUCUGUGUGCAAAAGUAAAUGUUCGUAAAACAAAUCUGGAACAUUUUGACAUGUAACCUACGUAUUAAAGAGAAUUAAAAUUAA